CUCUUACAAUGAAAUUCUUGAAUUUUUGGUUGGUAGUAUCAUUUUUAGUUGCAGUUGUUGCAGCUUCUAAUUGGUCUCCCGAGGACUAUGAAAUCUUUUCCUUAAAUGAUAAAGUCCGUCAAGAUUUAGGAGCUGAUGCCACUUUUUACUCUUGGCUUGGAUUGAGCAACAAAGCUUCAGUUGUAGAUAUCAACAAGGCUUAUAGAAAAUUGUCUCGUCUGUUACAUCCAGAUAAAAUUUCCACCAAGUCAAAAGCUGAAAAGAAAGUUGCCGAAGAAAGAUUCCAACGUUUGUCCGCUGUUGGUAACAUCUUGAAAGAUCAGAGUUUGAAAAGACGUUAUGAUUACUUUUAUGCUAAGGGAUUUCCUAAGUGGAAGGGUACUGGCUACUUCUAUUCCAAGUUCCGUCCUGGAUUUGUUUUGACCCUCUUCUUAUUAUUUAUUAUUGUUUCAGGUUUACACUAUGCUUCAUUAACUAUCAAUAGAAAGCAAGACGUUAAGCGUGUCAUUGCUUUGAAACAAUCCAUUAAGGCACAGGCAUGGGGUGGUUCUCAACUUCCACCUAGUGAUGGAUCUGAUAGAAAGGUUGUGAAUGAACAGACUGGAAAACAAUUCUUGGUUACUCCAGAUGGAAAUGUUUACCUUGUUGAAUCUGGUGACAAUUUGUCAAUUAUCGAUGAACAUUCUAUUAACAUUUCUCCUCAUUGGAAAGAAACCCUCCUUUUCAAAUUUCCAUGUUUUCUCUGGAAUGUUUCAGGCGGAAAACUUACUUCAAAGACAAUUGAUACAACUUAUGUUUAUGAAGGUGGUUCCAAGACUGAAGAUGUAGAUGCUGCAGACAUCGACGACAGUAAGAAGAAACAAAAGAAGAAAGCUCAAAGAGGAAAAAAGGUAGAAUUGCCUAACGGAAAAGUCAUCUAUGGAAGAUCCUCUGGUCGUAGAAAUUAGACAGAACUAUAAUCUAUAUAAUGUUUUGGUGUUUUUUAAAUAAAAGUACAUUCAACUAUUACAAAAAAAAAAAAAUAUUUAUACCUAUUUAAGCUUCUAUUUCUUUCAU